AUGUGGGGACAGGGAAGAGAAUUGCUCCCUUUCUUCGCCACGGCUCUCUAUCAUUGGUCUCGAUUUCGUCCGACCAAGCUACUAAAUCGUUCGGAGAUUAUAAGUUUGAUCAGUAUCGAUUCUUUCAUUGUCUCAUUCUUGAACACUGCAUCAGACCCAGAGAAAGACAGCGAGGCAGUUCAAGAGUUCUUUACCAAGAUGGAAGCUGCUUUCAGGGCUCAUCCACUUUGGUCAGGUUCUUCUGAAGAGGAGUUGGACAGUGCUGCAGAUGGUCUUGAGAAGUAUGUCAUGAGCAAGGCAAAGUUAUUUACGCGGGUUUUUGCAUCAAACAUCGAGGAUGUAAUCUCCGAUGAGAAACUCUUUCAGAAGAUGGCGUUAGUUCAGCAGUUUAUUUCUCCUGAAAGCUUGGAUAUACAACCAUCUACUUUUCAGAACGAGACAUCAUGGCUGCUAGCUCAAAAAGAGCUCCAGAAGAUGAAUUUGUACAAAGCUCCUCGUGAUAAGUUAAUGUGUAUCCUUAGCUGCUGCAAAGUGAUAAAUAAAUUACUGCUAAAUGCUUCUAUUGCUUCAAAUGAGAAUGCACCUGGAGCCGACGAGUUUCUUCCUGUUCUCAUAUAUGUUACCAUAAAGGCUAACCCUCCACAGUUUCACUCAAACUUGAUGUACAUACAAAGAUAUAGACGUCAAUCAAAACUGGUUGGUGAAGCUGCCUACUUCUUCACGAACUUGCUAUCUGCAGAGUCUUUCAUCUCAAAUAUCGAUGCGAAGUCCCUUUCUAUGGAUGAAGCUGAAUUUGAAAUGAAAAUGGAAUCUGCACGGGCACGUCUUUCUGGUCUGGGAAGCCAGUCUUAUCCAACCACGCUUCUUCAAUCACAGUCGUCUGAGAGUCUUUCUGGAACCAACGAAACAUUGAAUCAGAACAGUGAACUGCCGGUAAAGAAAGCUGAAUCCGUUUCGGAUUUGGAAAAUAAAGGUGCUGCAACGCUUUUGAAAGAUAGCAGCGAGGCAAGCAAGAUCUUUAAAGAGUAUCCUUACAUGUUUGCCAGUGCUGGUGAUUUAAGGGUAGGAGAUGUUGAAGAGCUGCUAAAUGAUUAUAAACAGCUCAUUUUCAAAUAUGUUUGCAUCUCCAGAGGCUUGGGUGUUGCAGCAACAUCUUUAGCUUCAUCAAGUUUGCCUUUGCAGCCGUCUACUGAAUCUGAGGAGGAACAAACAACAGUGGCUUCAGAUGUUCAAACGAAAACCGAAACUGACAUGAGCGUUGAUGCUUUGCAGCCGUCUACUGAAUCUGAGGAUCAAACAGCAUUGUCUUCAGAUGUUCAAACGAAAACCGAAACUGACAUGAGCGUUGAUGAUUUGAUGCGGGCUUUACAAGGUGAAGGAGACAAUGUUCAUAAACUUUCAGACGAUUAUGAGGAAGAUGUUGUACAAGGAAGUGCUGAAGAACAUGAUCCCAAAGCUCAAGAAAAAGCAGAUAACGAAGACAUUGAUUUGAAGAAGCAAAGUGAAGAGAGAGAGGGUGACAGUUCUAGUUCUAGACCUGCAGAAGAUGAUGAUUCUGAUUCCAAAAAUCUAGUUGUAGAAGAUUAG